ACGAGUAGACCAUGAGUCUGGCCAGGAAGCGGAGAGCCGUCUGCCCAAACUCAAGCCCUCCCCGGCCCAAAGCCAGGAAGAAGGAGGAGCCUGAGAGCAGACCUCCAGUAUCCCACAAUGCACCGUGUGGGGACACUGAGAAGAAUGCGGCGGCCGAGAGGGGCCUGGCGGCCGUCUCCGACGUGCCCUCCCCGGCGAGACGGUCGCCGAGGUUCAAAGGUCAGAGUCUGGGCCCGGCCGAGGAGGUCCUGACAGUCCAGGCUGGCGUAGCUCCGUCUCCAGGUGAGACAGGAAGUGGGAAGGAUGCUGAGCUGUGCUCCAGCCCCUCACAGCGCCCCCUGCUGGCCCAGGAGGACAGUGACAUGAGCCUGAUCAUUACCCUGGAGGACGAGCAGCGAGGGAAGAGACGCCGGAGGAAGAGGAGGGGCGGGGCGAAGAGGAAGAGGGGCGUGGCCUGCGGGGAGGUGGGCGGGGCGGGGGGCUCUGUUUCGGGGCAGGAGGGGGGGUCAGAGGGCCUGGAGGAGAGUCAGAUGGAGGUGGAGAUCGACAGACAGCUGGACAGAGAGCUGGAGAGCAAGUCCCGCCAGCACAACCUGACCUCCGCCAACGUGCGCAACAUCAUCCAUGAAGUCAUCACCAACGAGCACGUGGUGGCCAUGAUGAAGGCGGCCAUCAACGAGACGGAGGCCAUUCCGGUGUUUGAACCCAAGAUGACGCGCUCCAAACUAAAGGAAGUGGUUGAGAAAGGAGUGGUGAUCCCUACCUGGAAUAUCUCCCCCAUGAAGAAACCCAACGAGCUGAAGCGCCCCCAGUUUGUGGACAUCCCUCUUGAGGAGGAGGACUCCUCCGAUGAAGAGUACCGCCCUGACGAAGACGAGGAGGACGAGACGGCCGAGGAGACGUUUUUGGAGAGUGACAUCGAGAGCACCGCCUCCUCCCCUCGGGGCAGCAGGGGGGCGCUGGCCCGGAUGGUCGCCGAGGGCGACGAGGACAGGAGCUGCAGCCCUAUGCAGCGUUCGCUCAAGUCCCGGCACCUGCGGGUGGAGGCCGUGCCCAUGGGCCCCCCUCCGCCCCCGAAACCCCCCGGCCCCCAGAGGCCCCCCAGGGCCCCGUCAGAGUGCAGCUUCAUGGAGAAGCUCCACGCCGUGGAGGAGGAGCUGGCCAUCAGCCCCAUCUGCCUGGAGCCCUACCAGGCUCUGAGCGGGGCGGCCGAGGGGGGCAGUCUGAUGGCCUGCCGCACCCGCUCCAAACGCACGCUGCGGGACGUCCCGCUGGGGAGGCUGGAGGCGGAGCUGCGCGCCCCCGACAUCACCCCGGACAUGUACGACUGCGGCUCCGCCCCCGAGGACAGGGAGUGGACCCAUUGGCUGCAGGGCCUGAUGACCUCAGACAUGGAGAACGACGAGGAGGGUGAUGAUGAAGAUGACCCGGAGUAUAACUUCCUGGCGGACAUCGACGAGCCAGACGUGGAGGACUACCGUAACGACCGCGCUGUUCGCAUCACCAAAAGGGAAGUGAGUGACCUGAUGGAGGAGCUGUUUAAAACGUUCCAGGAUGAGUUGGUGGUGGAGGGGCAGGAUGAAGAAGGGCACGAGGAAGACGAGGAGAGGGAGGAAGAGACAACACUGCCCCAGGAGGCUCCCAGCUUCAACAUCCCCCAGACUAUCAGGCUGGAGGGGCCCCUGGCGGAGGACGUGCUGGCGGGGCCCCACCGCACAGUGAAGGAGCAGCUCGCCGCCCUGCGCCGCCACCGCGCCCUGCUGGAGAGCCAGGGCCAGGGGGACGGGGCCCCCCCGCUGCUGGGCCCGGCCUGCACCCUGCUGCUCACGCCCCCGCAGACACAGCAGCUCCAGCAGCAGCUCCAGCAGCACGUGCAGCUGCUGACCCAGGUGAACAUGCUGACCAGCCCGGUGGAGACCCUGCAGAGCGAGGCCAUCACCACCCGCUUCUUCCUGUCGGAGCUGCAGUCGUUUGCGGAGCGGGGGGAGCGGGCUCGGGGGGGAACAGAGCCCGGCUUCAGCAGCGUCUUCAGGGCCUGUAACCUGCAGGGGGCGCUGUCCCUGCUGGAGGAGGUCAACCUGAACCCUGCCCUGCACACCCCCGCCCAUGGCAGCCCUGAGCACAGCACCGGGGGGCGCCCCGCCCCCCUGCUCCCUCCUCAGUUGGCCUGGCUGCUGGCCACCCGGCCCGUCUUCAUGUACCCCGAACUGCUGCCCCACUGCAGCCUGGACCCCGCCCUGCACCCGCCCCGCACAAACACCUUCUACACCCCGGGGGAGGACGGUCUGGUGGUGCUGGGCCUGAGGAACUUCAGUGAGACUCGGAGUCCGUACGAGCUGGUGUGCCAGUACCUGAUCCGCACCAAAGGGCCCAAACACCUGCGCAAGCACGUCCAGGACCUGUGCCACCGCCGGCCCUGUAACAACGCCGUCAAGUUCUACAUCGAGCAGAAGACGGUUCCCACCUUGCCGCUGGCCUGCCGCACAGUGAAGCCCGGUGACCGGCGCCCUCCGGUGGAGAAGGAGGGGACUGUCAUGCCCCCGUGGUUACGGAAGAGCAUCCGCCACAUUCACGAGGCAGUGAUGGACUACAACCCGUCCCUCCUGGAGGCUCUCCCCCCUCCUAAACCCGGCCGGCCCUCCUACGCCUUCCCUCCCGACACCCGCUACCCCCCCGAGCUCCCCGCCGCCCUCGCCCUGCACCCGUCCGGCUUCAAACGGCAGCGCCCCGCCUCCGUUCUGGCGGCCUGCGGCGCCGCUAGCCCGGCUAGCCCGUGCCCCGCUGCCGACGUCGCCCCCUGUGGGCACGGAGGCCCAACUGCGGGCCAGUGCGGCCCUUUGUGCGAAGCCCUCCGAAAGAUGGUUCCCAUCCAACCGGCGCCCCCGCCGCACCAGGCCCUGCAGGUCCUCGCCGUGCCAGCGGGGGGCGCGUCUGGACAGGCCGGGCCGGGGGUGGCAACCGUCGUAGCUGGGGGGGUGGAGGAAGCGGUUAAAUCGGGGGCUGUCCGUCACGGGGCUCCGCCCACCGUCGUCAUCAACAUGGCCGCCCCGUUGGCCACCGCUGUCGUCUGCCCCGCCCCUUCCCACAAGGGAUUGGUUGCUCUCCCCGGCCAGGCCGCACCUCUGCCACAGGGUGGCGCUCUGCACUACUCGAAAUUCGGCCGGCCGCUGCUGCCCGCCCCUCCGAGGCGUGACUCCCCCAAAACCUCCCGGCCCGCCCCCCCAGUUCAAACGGAACCCGACGUAGCAAAUGGGGUGGUCCGUCCUGGGUCCAGGGGUAACCCCGAAAAGCCUGGAAAAUUCUGUGAUGUCGUAGACAUACUUGCCGGUCCAAGCGCACUUCAAAAUGGCGGCUCCCAGGCUGGUGUCAUGCCCCCCAAACUGAGGCUCCCUUUGGCUCCCUGUCGAACAGUCCCUGCCCCUGCAGGGGGCCCCAAGUACGUCCUGGUGAGCAGUGCCUCGAACGGUGCCCCCCAGUUACUCCUCUUACCCCAAAACUGUGCGAUUGCGAACGGGGCGCUGGUGAGCGUGAGUACGGCAGUGGAGGCACAAAAUGGACGCCAAAAGAUCUCCGCUGGGACCCCCGCGAGGGACCCGCCGACCUCUCCCAAAACCGACGAGGUCGAGCCGGCUGAGCAGGGAGCACGAGGGGAGCAAGAGGAGGAGGAGGAGGAGGAGGAGGAGAAAGGUGAAGAAGAACAGGAAGGGGGAGAUUUGGGGGGUGCCCUCCUGGCCCUGUCGGAGUCCUCGGCGAGCCCCGCCUCCAGUGCAGGCUCCCUGGAGGAGACGGAGGAAGAGGAGGGUGGAGGAGAGGGGUGGGAUGGGCUCCUGACCUCCACCCCCCAGCACAGCCCCCAGGGCAAGCGGGAGGGGGAGGGGCUGGGGCUGGAUGACAUCGCCAGCGAGGAAGAGGAAGUGAUGUCGUCGGCGUCCGAGCGGUCUGUGUUGUCGGUGCCGGAGCUGCAGGAGACCAUGGAGAAGCUCACCUUGUUGGCUUCGGAGGGGACGGUGUGUGACGAUGUCGAUUCCCCAAACUCCCUCACUGCUCCCCCCUCACCCUCCAGCCCCCGGAAUUCUGUGGAGGGGGAGGGGCUACAUGCGGGGGAGGGGCCAGGGGAAGGCGGGGCCUCCCAGUCAGCUGCUGCAGGCGGUACACUUCGGCCGAGAGGGAAAGGAGUCGGCAAAGGCAGAGGCGAUGGCCGUCACCCCCGUGUGAGUGUGAAUUGUAGCGGGCAUCGGGAGCUGGAUGGUCAGGAUGUGUCCAAGCAACUGCUGGUCGAGAGUGAUGAGGACACUACGAGUACUGAUCCACUGAGGGAGAGCAAGGACAUGGCCUUUGCCCAGGCCUACCUCCACAGGGUGUGUGCGGCCCUGCGGGACGUCCCGGGGAAGGUGGAGGAGUUCCUGAGGGUGCUGUACGUGUUCGAGCAGGGGGACGGGGGCCGCAGCUCGGUGGAGCUGUUUGGGCAGCUGAAGCGGGUGCUGAAGGACCGGCCCGACCUGCUCUGGGACUUCGCUGCCUUCCUGAGGCCCGAGCAGGCAGAGGAGUGUGGCCUGCUGGCAGAGCAGCAGGCGUUUGAGCGAAGCCGGCAUUUCCUGCGGCAGCUGGAGAUGAGUUUUGGGGAAAGCCCCUCCCACUACAGCCAGGUCGUGCGCGCGCUUCAGGGGGGGCCCGGCCUGAGCCCCGCAGGACUGCGAGAGCUGAAGGCUGAGAUCGCUUCCCUGCUCAAGCACCACGCCCACCUGCAGGGUGAAUUCUGGGAGUUUUUUGACGAGCUCCACGCGCACUCCACGCCGGCGGUUCGUCCCGGCGACACGCCCCCCUCGGAGGUGGGCGAGGGGCCGACGGAGGGACGGGAAAGGAGGGGCGGGGCCCGACGACCGCUCAGGAGGGAAAAACUUCCGGUUUCUCAGGAAGGGGAGGAGCCUCGCAAAGCUGGGCCAAUGAGGGCCCGGAGGAGGAAGAAGGGCAGCUUGGGCAGCAACACUCACAAGGCUACAAGGAGGCGUGGCCUCUCUGCCCCCGAAUCCAGCACCCCGCCUCCUGCAGGCGACCCACAGAAAGCACAGGAGGAGAGGGAGGACGAGAGGAGGGAGGGAGAGACAGUGGAGGAAGAGAGGGGGGAGGGAGCUGGUGAGGAGAACAGCCCAACUCCAGCCGAAGCAAGUGAGGAAGAGGAAGAGGAGGAGUGUGAGGAGGGAGACGUACGGCCAGAGAGCAGCGAAGUCGGAGAAGUUGGAGAUGCACCCAGCGACGCCCCGGCCGCCCACCAGACCCCGCUUAGCCCUGACCCCCCUGUGUGCGCCAAAAACGUGUCCCUCACAUCGACGGGACAGAGGGUCAUCCUCUGGACCAGGGAAGCGGACCGUAUAAUCCUCACCACCUGCCAGAAGAAGGGAGCCAAUCGGAGCACGUUCCAGGCCGUCUCCGCUCAGCUGGGGAACAAGACGGCCAAUGAGGUCUCCCUGCGGUUCCGGGAGCUGAUGGACCUGUUCCACAGAGCCGCCCGACCCGACAACGCGGCCGGAGACACGGACCAGCAGUCCGGUUCUGAUGACGACCCGGACUGAACAGAACCAAGUGGGCUGGACCCACAGUGACCCAGUCUGGCACACUGGUCUUCAACGAGGACGUCCGUGCAGAAGAAGCCUGGCUGAUGGGUAAUGGGUCAGAACCAGGGGAGACUGGAGAGGGUGUUCUCAGCAGCAUCCUGACCUGAAUGAACCACCAGGCCAACUGGCUUUUGGACUUCCUCUGGACACGAAGGCACAGAGAACGCGGAACUGAACUGAUCAACUUAGAUUAUGUUUACAUCUACAGGACUCUUUCUGUGGUGCAAAUAAGUGCACAACAUCAGAACUUUUCCAAGACUGGUCUUGGAACUUAGACUAAUUUAACCCUUUGAAGAGCUGCCUUUUUUCGGAAUGUUUUUUUGUUUGUAGUCGGUGUUCUAGAACUCCAUUGCUUUCAAUCGCCAGUACUAAUUGUUACGUCAGCAUGAGAAUGUUCAGCGAAGAACAUUACAAUCACAUAUUUGUGACAUCACGCCUUAAUGGGUUACUAACCGCACAUGCAACUACAGGAACUUAGUUUCUGCUGAGAAGCUUGGCAAAGGGUCAGAGAAUCUGACAGAUAUUAUAUUACAGUUAUCAAUGAAGGAUAGAAACCCACAAAAAAUGAAGAAUUAACUGGCCAGAAACUUGUACUGAAGACAGGGGCAGACUGAAGCAGAUUAAAUUGGGCCAAAACACUGAACAGUUGUGGUAUGGAGUGUGGACCUCCUAAAACAUACAUAAUUAAUAAUAUUGCCAAAGGAUGCCCCAAUCAACUCUUAAAUAUAAACUUACUGCCAAAUGGACAGUAGCCUAACUUAUUGUGUUUGUUGGAAAUAGAGAAUCAGGUUUAUGACCUGACAGUAUCUUUUAUUUGCAGUGCAAUACUUUUUGUGAUUAUUAUUUUUUGUCAAUGUAAAUACAGAUGUGUACACCUCUAAAUACAGGUGUUGAAUAAAAUUCUCU